AAUGGAAAGCUGAUCCUAUAUAUUUGCCUACGAGAAACGCCAUUGGUCCUUCAUUACGUGGUCUGGUGUGACAACAGCUGUAAAUCCUACCAGCUCUCAUGUCCCUGCUAGAUAAAUGAAAAUACAUUACACAAUUAAAUUAAGGUAGUGAAAAAAUAAAGUUAAAGAAAAAAACAUGCUUUCUCGUUUAUUGAAGGAGCAUCAUGCAAAGCAAAACGAGAGAAAAGAACUCCAAGAGAGACGCAGACGAGAGGCAAUUGCAGCUGCCACCUGUCUAACAGAAGCCUUGGUGGAUCACCUUAAUGUUGGGGUGGCCCAGGCGUACGUGAACCAGAGGAAGCUGGACCACGAGGUGAAGACGCUACAGGUGCAGGCCGGCCAGUUCUCCAAGCAGACCUCUCAGUGGAUCAGUAUGGUGGAAGGCUUUAACCAAGCCCUGAAGGAAAUUGGUGAUGUGGAGAACUGGUCUGCAAAAAUAUAUUGUCUGUCUAAGCAUUGA